AUAUCCCAAAGUGUGCGCAUCAAGUCUGCACGGUUCAACACGGAAGCUGCGGAACGGACGUUUCUAACUGCGCAGUCCUGGCACAGCAUCUCCAGUCAGCUGCGCUUGUCUCGACUCUUUGUCCAGUUUUUUUUUUUUGCGACCACGUUUGAAUUAUUAAUAGGUUCUUCCAAAGCAAGCCAUGCCGUCAGUUCCCAUGUCCAAAGAGGCCCCUCUCCAAAGCCCCAAAUGCCCCCACACCGCCAAGCUACUUCACCAAACCAACGGUGAAUUAAAACGACAUGAGGCUUUGCUCCCGCUUAAGGGGCUUGACAGUGCGCCGACGGCGGAGGAUAAGGCAGAGCCGAACGUUGGCAUUCAGAGGAAAUGGAUCCGCCCGGACCUCCCUAGCCGCUGCAAGUGGAGCCUUGGGGCCUCACAGGCAGAAUCUCCUCACGCUCAAAUCCCACGAACGCCGGCGCCUGCCAUUCUUCCGAACAUUUUGCACAGGAUCGGUGACACUCCCCUGGUGCGGAUCAACAAAAUCCCAAAAGCAUUUGGACUCAAAUGUGAAAUAUUGGCCAAGUGUGAGUUCUUCAAUGCGGGCGGCAGUGUCAAAGACAGGAUCAGUCUGCGCAUGGUGGAGGACGCAGAGAGGGCGGGUGUCCUCAAACCAGGAGACACCAUUAUCGAGCCCACCUCUGGGAACACUGGCAUUGGAUUGGCUCUUGCCGCAGCCGUGAAAGGCUACCGCUGCAUCAUCGUCAUGCCGGAAAAAAUGAGCAUGGAGAAGGUGGAUGUCCUGAGAGCACUUGGAGCCGAAAUCGUGCGCACACCGACCAGCGCUCGCUUUGACUCCCCCGAAUCCCACGUGGGAGUUGCCUGGCGCCUGAAAAACGAGAUCCCCAACUCCCACAUCCUGGAUCAGUACCGCAACCCGAGCAACCCUCUGGCUCACUACGACACCACAGCUGAAGAAAUCCUGGAGCAGUGCGACGGUAAACUGGACAUGCUGGUGGCAGGAGCUGGCACUGGAGGAACCAUUACAGGCAUUGCCCGCAAACUAAAGGAACGUUGCCCCAACAUCAAGAUUGUUUGUGUGGACCCAUUAGGCUCUUGCCUCGCAGAGCCAGAAGAACUGAACAAGACGGAUAAGACCCAGUACGAGGUGGAGGGCAUCGGCUAUGACUUCAUUCCUACCGUACUCGACAGAUCGGUUAUUGAUAGCUGGUAUAAGUCCAAUGACGAGGAGUCCUUCAAUAUGUCUCGAAUGCUGAUCAGGGAUGAGGGCUUGCUGUGCGGGGGGAGCUCUGGCACCGCAAUGGCAGCGGCUGUCAUUGUUGCCAAAGAAUUGAAAGAAGGACAGCGCUGUGUGGUCAUCCUUCCAGACUCCGUCCGAAACUACAUGUCCAAAUUCCUGAGCGACAAAUGGAUGGUGCAGAAGGGCUUCCUGAGCGAGAAGGAACUCAUGGUGAAAAAACCCUGGUGGUGGAACCUAAACGUGCAAAAUUUGAACCUGUGUGCACCUCUCACUGUCUUGCCAACUGUAAGCUGCCAGAGGACAAUCAAAAUCUUGAAAGAGAAGGGCUUUGACCAGGCGCCCGUGGUGGAUGAGUCCGGGGUCAUCCUGGGUAUGGUGACUUUGGGGAACAUGCUGGCUUCUAUACUUGCAGGGAAGAUCAAGCUGUCCGAUCCGGUUAGCAAAGUGCUCUACAAGCAGUUCAAACAGAUCCGCCUGUUGGACAACUUGGGAAAGUUGUCCCGAAUUCUGGAAAUAGAUCACUUUGCCCUGGUGGUUCAUGAGCAGAUCCAGUGUAAGUUGUCUAAACAUUUUUCUCCAGACUACCUGAAAAACUACACUUGUGUGUUUUAGAUCACACAACUCAGUAUUUACAAUUUGAAACCGUUUCCACAUGUCUAAAGAACACAACCGUGGCAUGCUUGUGGCAAAAUACUCCAAGGAUAAAACAAAACAAAA